AUGAUUGAUCCUAGUUCCAGCGAGGAAGAGGGAGAAGAAGAUGCCAUUGUCAAUGUGUCAACUAAAGGAAGACUUGCAGUACCGCCUAAAGCUGCGGGCGGUAUUCCCGUAUCAAGUGGUACUUCAAGUCCCGCGGUAGGAUCUAACAUUCCCGUAUCUGGAUCUAACGGUGAUUUUGAUGGAAACAAUAGGCCAUCUAAUGCCAAUACUGCUGGCAAUCGCACUGAUGCUGGGAAUGUUUCUGUCGCUGUGGGAACGGUCUUAGGGUCAUCAAAAAAUGAUCAAUUGCAUGGCAGUCGCACUGAUGGUGGCAACCUUGAGGUUCCAAACAAUGGCAUUCCCAGUGGUGUUUCGCAAGAAACAUUAAAUCAGAGUAUUGGAUCUUCAAGGGCCAACUCACUGCCACGACCUUUGUCACCAUCACCAUCCGUUAACAGCGAGAAGCCUGAAACAGGGGACCCACAUGAUAAACAUGAACGCGAGGAGGAAGAACGCAAACGCCGAAUUCAGCUAUACGUAUUUAUAUCGCGAUGUAUUUCAUAUCCGUUUAAUGCAAAACAGCCCACGGAUAUGACAAAACGACAACCAAAAAUUAUGAAGCAACAAUUAGAGAUAAUUACACAACGUUUUCAGGCAUUUCUUAAGGGAGAAACACAAAUAAUGGCUGAUGAGGCAUUUCAAAACGCUGUGCAGAGUUACCAUGAUGUGUUUUUAAAGUCGGAGCGUGUUCUAAAAAUGGUUCAAUCCGGAGCGUCUUCGCAACACGAUUUUCGAGAAGUUUUUCGAAAUAAUAUUGAAAAACGUGUGAGAUCUUUACCGGAGAUAGAUGGGCUUAGCAAAGAAACAGUUUUAACUUCUUGGAUGGCGAAAUUCGAUAUUAUAUUAAAAGGAAGUGGCGAAGAGGAUUCGAAAAGGCCGUCACGCAUGCAGCAGUCACUAAACAGCGAGUUGAUUCUUUCUAAGGAGCAGUUAUAUGACAUGUUUCAGCAAAUAUUGUCUGUGAAAAAAUUUGAGCAUCAGAUUCUGUUUAACGCCUUGAUGUUGGACUCGGCGGAUGAACAAGCAGCAGCAAUACGACGGGAAUUGGAUGGACGAAUGCAACGGGUUGGAGAAAUGGAAAAAAAUCGUAAACUUAUGCCAAAAUUUGUUCUUAAAGAAAUGGAGUCUCUUUAUAUUGAGGAACUAAAGUCAUCUAUAAAUCUUUUAAUGGCAAAUCUUGAGUCUCUUCCAGUAUCGAAAGGCAAUAUGGACAGUAAAUAUGGACUACAAAAGCUGAAACGCUAUAACCAUAGUACACCGUCAUUUUUGAAACUUAUAUUGCGCUCCCAUGGCUCCCUGUCUAAACUGGAGGGCGACUCAGAGGAUGGUUCUACUCAAUUAACAAAGUUGGAUGUUGUACUUACAUUUCAACUAGAAGUCAUUGUAAUGGAGGUUAAGGGUCUUAAAUCGCUAGCUCCUAAUCGUAUUGUUUAUUGCACGAUGGAAGUUGAGAAUGGCGAAAAGCUUCAAACGGAUCAAGCAGAGGCAUCAAAACCAAUGUGGGACACUCAAGGCGAUUUUACUACUACACACCCAUUACCUGUUGUGAAGGUGAAGCUUUACACAGAAAACCCUGGUAUGUUGGCGUUGGAGGAUAAAGAAUUAGGAAAAGUAACCCUGAGACCUACACCAUUGUCAUCCAAAUCCCCAGAAUGGCACCGUAUGAUUAUACCGAAGAACUUGCCAGAUCAAGAUAUACGUAUUAAAAUAGCAUGUAGACUCGAUAAACCAUUAAAUAUGAAACACUGUGGGCAUCUUUAUGCAAUUGGAAAAUCUGUUUGGAAAAAGUGGAAACGUCGCUACUUCGUAUUAGUUCAAGUUUCGCAGUACACAUUUGCAAUGUGUAGUUACAAAGAGAAGAAAUCAGAGCCCUCUGAGAUGAUGCAGCUUGAUGGAUAUACGGUAGAUUACAUCGAGGCAGCUAGCGCAAAUCUUAUGUUCGGCAUCGAUUUAAAUGGUGGUCGUUAUUUCUUUAACGCUGUUCGCGAGGGCGAUAGUAUCUCAUUUGCCUGCGAUGAUGAAAACGAGUGUAGCCUGUGGGUAAUGGCAAUGUACAGAGCCACCGGGCAAUCUCAUAAGCCUACGCCACCAAUUACUCAGGAUAAAAACUCAGCUAUGUCGAAAAUACAAGGCGAUGCUGAUAAAGCUCGAAAGCAUGGCAUGGAGGAUUAUAUAAGUGCUGAUCCAUGCACAUAUGAUCAUGCUACGCUUUUUAAAACUUUACAAAAUUUAACCCUCGAGUAUAGGCUUAACGAUCCGUACGCAUCUCUGGGAUGGUUUAGUCCUGGUCAAGUUUUUGUUUUAGAUGAAUAUUGCGCACGUUAUGGUGUUCGGGGAUGCUAUAGACACUUAUGUUAUCUUUCUGACCUAUUGGAUCGUGCUGAAAAACAGCAUAUGAUAGAUCCGACGCUAAUUCACUAUUCUUUUGCGUUCUGCGCUAGUCACGUUCACGGCAAUAGACCUGAUGGAGUGGGAAGCAUAACCCAUGAAGAGAAGGAGAAGUUUGCCGAGAUCAAAGAACGCCUGCGUCAGUUACUAGAGUUUCAAAUAACCAAUUUUAGAUAUUGCUUUCCUUUUGGACGUCCCGAAGGUGCAUUAAAAGCAACACUAUCCUUGUUAGAGAGAGUAUUGAUGAAAGAUAUAGUCACUCCUGUUCCACCGGAAGAGGUUCGACAAAUGAUUAAAAAAAGCUUAGAGACAGCUGCCCUUGUAAAUUACACACGACUCUCCAAUAAAGCAAAAAUUGAAGAUGAUUUGCGUGGAGAAAUUAUCGUACCGCCACCAAAAAAACUAGAGGACUUAAUACACCUAGCUGAACUAUGCGUUGAUUUGCUACAACAAAACGAAGAACACUAUGGAGAACUGCGCAGACACGAUAAAGUGGAAAAAAUUAGAACGCGUAAGGAAGAUGGUGAUGUUUCAGGAGAACAUAAUAUCAGCGAACUUGGUUCCUCCGCCAGCCAUGGAAUCAUUGGCACAACUGAACAGGCUAUAGCUGCAGGGACAUCUACUGAUGGAUCAUCAUUUCGUUACUGUAUGCCAACACACGCGGUCUACACAUCGCCAGUACCAACGGCCUUUGCUUGGUUUAGCGAUCUGCUGGUCGAACAUGCGGAAAUAUUUUGGUCUCUUUUCGCAGUUGACAUGGAUCGCGUUUUAUCAGAACAGGCGCCUGAUACGUGGGAUUCGUUUCCCUUAUUUCAAAUUCUUAAUGAUUAUUUAAGGGCAGACGAUAACUUGCGCAAUGGUCGCUUUCAUCAGCACCUGCGCGAUACUUUUGCACCAUUAGUUGUGAGGUAUGUGGAUCUUAUGGAAUCUUCAAUAGCCCAAUCCAUUCAUAAAGGAUUUGAGAAAGAACGCUGGGAGAGCAAAGGGAUUAACGCUGCUUUGAACCCUGCAGCAUUAAACAAUGCAGCCCAGGCUCUCAAUACAGCGGCCCUCAACCCAUCAACGCUACUCAGCGGCAAGAAAGAUCAAGUCAAUUUUUAUGUGCCGAAGCUACCAAGGCAAUCAGUUGCAACAACCGCCACCGACGAUAUGAGAAAUGGUUGUGCCACUUCCGAGGAUCUCUUCUGGAAGCUAGACGCUCUGCAGUCCUUCAUAAGGGAUUUGCAUUGGCCAGAUGCGGAGCUUCGACAACAUUUAGAACAGCGGUUAAAAAUGAUGGCGGUUGAUAUGAUUGAGCAGUGCAUACAACGAACUGAUUCGUCUUUUCAGUCAUGGCUGAAAAAAAAUAUUGCUUUCAUAUCAACGGACUAUAUUAUACCAUCCGAGAUGUGCGCCAUGGUAAAUGUGAUAUUAGAUGCUAAAAAUCAAAGCUUUAAACUGACGACUAUUGAUGGCAUUGAUUUGUAUAAAUUCCAUGCUAAAAUCGACGACCAAAUCGACAAAGCGAAUGUAGCGAUGACACAAGGGCUAAGUGGUAAACUUAUGUCAGUGCUAGAGUCGACUUUGUCAAAAUUAGCUCGAUACGACGAAGGAAGCUUGAUUGGAUCAAUUCUCAGUUUUACAAAUGUUUCAAGCUCCGGAAAGGAUCUGGGCCAGGGAUACGUGAAUUUCUUACGGAAUAACAUGGACCAAAUACGUGGAAAAAUUGGUGACGACUUAUGGACACUAAAUUUUUUUGAGCAAUGGUACACACAGCAAGUUAAUAUGCUCAACAAUUGGUUGUCGGAACGUUCGGAUACUGCACUGCACUAUGCACAAGUCUCAUCUAUAUCUCAUAUUAUCAAGAAAAUAUAUUCGGACUUUGAACUGCAAGGAGUAUUGGAGGAUAAGCUAAAUUCUAAAGCGUAUCAGAUGGUGUCUGUUCGUAUGGCUACUGAAGAGGCAACAUGCUCUCUAACGAUGCCGGAAGUAGGCGAAGGAGAUGAUACCUGUGAUGAUAUUCGAGAAGCGGAUGAGGAAGACACUGGCGAAGAAUCCAAUACAACUAGGGGACUACCAAAAUCAAAAGUAGCUGCCGCUCAAGCUGCUGCUGUCACCAAUGUUGUUGCUGGACGCGUUGGAAAUUUGUUGGGGAAAGGAAUCGGAGGACUAAGCUCCAAGUUGGGAAGCGGAAGCUGGUUUUAAAGAUUGACAGUUUCUUUUAUUUUUAAAAUUAUAGUUUAGCUUUUAUUUUACAACUGUUUAACUAUUUAUUCAACAAAAUUGUUUCUAUUCUCUUUAUGUAGUCAUUUUAAUAGGUUGGAAAAGCAGAGGUUAAUUUUGAACGAACCGUUUAAUAUUAUUUAAUUUAUUGGGACAGGUGUGAAGAAUAUGUUAUUUCCCAUUUCUUGAACUAUGAGAGUUUUUGGAAGCGUUAAUAACAAAACUAUACAUAGUUCUGGUGACUGGAUUGAUAUAUUAAAUUAAGUUUAUACAUUUUAUUUUUACUAAUUAAUAUAAAAGUUUAAGCAUAUAUAAACAUUCUGUGGUCAGAGAAAUAGCCAUUUGUUUAGCUUCAUAAUAAGAACUAGAAUGUUCAUUUUACUAAUUUAAACUAAAUUUAAAUGCAAUGUUAAAAUAUAAAACGCGAAAUUAAAAAAAAAAAGUAUAUAUCUGAUAAUCACGAUUCAAAGUAUCCGUAAAGUGAUUUUAAACCAGUAAGCAGAACUUUGCAUGAAAAUUGAGUACAGAAGACAUGCCAUGGAUAUCAAUCUUUUGACUUACAUAUGCCUUAACAACUAUAAAAGCAUUUCUUCUGAAAAAAUGAUAAGCAAGAUGUGGUUUUAAAUCUUAUGCUCUUUUGUGUUAAAAAGUAUGUAUUUUCGGUUGAAUUACACAAAAUCGAACUUUUUUUUUCUCAAGGAACCAAACCGAAUUUUUUUAGAUAGACUUAGUGCGUUAAAAUUUUUUAAUGAAAUAUGGUUUUUAUUAUAUGGCAGAACUUUUUUUUCUAAGAAUAUUUAAAAACUGGUAUUUUUUUAAAAUUCUUUUUUCUGGUUGCCACAUUGCCAUUCUGAAUAGUUAUUUUAUGCAGCUAAAAACUAAAUCCAGCCACUUUGUGGUUUUAGUUUACCGUCUUGGAAAUAUUAAGCUUUAAAAUGCAAAACAAAUUAUUUUUUUAUGGAAAUUGCCAAAAAAAAAAAUUCAAAACUAACAAAAAAGAGUUCUAUAAGUGAAAACAUUAAAUUAUCAUCAAACCAUUUCUAAGCCACGUGUCUUUCAGAAAAAGUUGGUUUGGUUCUUUGAGGGAAAAUCGUGUCGGGUAGUGUUAUUGUCGUCCAUUAGUGUGAGCUCUUUAUCACACAAAAGAAUGCUACUCUUUUAUCAACCUUAUAAAACCUUUUUAAAUUACAUUUACAAAAAUAACAAUUAAUAUUGUGAAAUGCUUACGAUUAUAUUUAAACAUAAUAAUUUACUCAUUUAAUACACCAUACUUAUUUAUAAUCACUUAUAGUACACGAUAUACCGAACGAGUGUACGGUUCGUACUAUACCAAAUACAACAAAAUGUACCUUAUUAAUGGAGAUUUACAUUCUUACAUUUUAGUUUUGUAAAAAAUUGCUUUAUAUAUAUGUAAUAUUUAUAUGUCUUACCUUGAUGGGAACUUAUAAACACCACAUAAAAAUGUGUAACUCUUCAAUUUAUAAUUAUAUAUGAAACAAUUAAAUAUAACUUCUAAAAGAGUACAGUGUUACAAUUAAAAAUGUCAUUAAAAUACACAUUAUUUAGCUCUGAAAAAUUACGUAAGAGACAUUUAAUUAAACUUAAUAGAGUUUUUGAAAAUGUAACCAAAUCACUUAGCCUUUAGAUUAAAUAGUAAUAACCAAAUUAACCAAUUUUAAGGGGUCCUUGAUUUAUCUAAUUAAUGUGGAGGUUUAUAUGCGUAUGUUUGUUGUCUCUCGGUCACCAUAGGCUAAACAAGAAAAUUGUAUAAGCUAAAUGAAAAAAACCUGUUCGCAUUGCUUGUCGUGAUUACGGCUCAAUGAUUUUUUAUUGAAAAAUAUAAAAUAAAAAUUCCCUAAUAUCAUAAAA